UUGGUGUUAGGGUUAUGCUAUGGUUAGGGUUGUGGUUAUUGUUAAGUGGGGGUUAGGGUUAACCAAGAAUUCUCGGUUUUGUAGGCAUGGCUUCAUCCGGUUCCAUGACGAGGCCACCGUGUGCUAACCAAGAAGACAUGCCGAACAAGUGGGAGGACGCAUCUUUGGACAAGGUGAAGGAGAAAGAUGUCAACAUCCCGCCAUGUUGGUGUGGAGAUGUUUGCAAGGUGAAGGUGUCCACCGACCGAAAGAAAUCAUGGACGGAAGGGCGGAGAUAUUUUGUAUGCCCGAACUAUGCUUAUGAUCGUGCACUUCCAACUAACGCCUAUGACCAACCACCGUCACCGCCUCCUCUAUGCAAGUACUUCACGUGGAUAGAUCUUGAAGUGCCAGAAGAUGUCAAAAAGGACCAAUACCAAGAUUGUCUUAGGCGGCAACGGCGGUUCGAAGAAUCGUUUCGAAGAGGCUUGGAGGAAGAGCGUCGUCAGAAGGAGAGGAUGGAGCGGAAGAAACGAGAGGAGGAGAGGGCACACCAAGCGAAACUUGCUCGUGAGGAGGAGAGGGCAAGAAAGCUUGCAAAGGCUCGCGAGGCGCAAGAGGAGGACUCGGCACGUGACAAGAAGGGGAAAUGGCCUCGCUCUACUCAGUAG